AUGUUUUCCCCGGAUCGGAUCCGACGAGUACUCAGCUCCCCUCCUGCUCCUCCUCCAGUCAGUCCAAGAUUCCAGCUCGGCGUCUACCGUUCCUCCUAUCUCCCGCAAGCCAAGGAUGACUCGUCGCCAGACUCUCAGAGAUCGAACCGCGAAAGGUGCCAAGGGCGCCCCUUCAGGCGGGAGUCGAGUCUGUUCUGGUUAAUUCGCAGCGGCCAUGGAGGAGGCCAUGGCUUCGAAGCCUGCGGUGGGGUCUUCUGCCCUUGCCGACCAAUGAUUGACCAGGUCGACGCGACCGCCGGGAGAGAGGUUGUUUGGACUCGGAGUUCAGAUCAGGGUCACUUGAGGCAGUCAUCGAAGCGAGCUCGGAGCGACGACGGAGAUGCUCGUUCCCGCGCGGGCGGUCCGACUUCCACGAAUGGGAGCGGGGGGAAGCCGCCGUUCUACUGGCAGUACGAGAGCUCCAAGCGUUUCCCCAUCUAG